UAAGAUACCAGCCCUAUAACUACAACACCACCCACCUGUGACCAAGUCUUACUUAGUCUUACUACCAGCACCUCUACACCAUACCGCUACCAAGCACUACUUGCUGCUACUGCUACUACUACCACUACCAUACCUACUACAGCCUUAGCACACACAUCUCCACCACCGAGUAACUAAGGCCUUAUGGAGCAGUUCGCUGACGAUAUCAAAGAAAUUCUCUCGACCGUAAACCGCGAGACGGUUUCGGCGAAACAGGUGCGCCAACUGUUAGAGCAAAAACGUAAUGUCAAUCUUCAUGACGUGAAAAAGGAGUUGAAUGCUGUUAUUUUGAAGUGUUACGAGGACACAACUAAAUUACCGAUUCCACCUUUCGUGGACAGGGAUGCUGUAGAGGAGAAGAAGCCCGAACCAGCUUCUCCUGUUGCAGAGCCCAAGAAACAAAGAAGAAAAAGAGCCACGAAGGCUGACUCUGAAGCUGAAAACGCCGAAGCCGGUAGUGCCGCUCCUGGCGAGGAUGCCGACGGCACCCCUGUGAAGAAAACUCGCACCCGCAGAAAGAAGGGCGACGAUGGCGAAAAGGUUGACAAAAGACGUAAACGCAACCAGGACCCUGCCAACAAUCCUCUUAACAAGCCUAUGAAGUUGAAGGAGCCCCUUGCAGAGUUCUUGGGUGUGCAGGAGCUUUCUCGUCCCCAAACCGUGAAAAAGAUCUGGGAAUAUAUCAAGGCUCACGACUUGCAAGACCCAGCCGAUAAGCGUACCAUUAUUUGUGAUGAAAAGAUGAAGAAGGUGUUUGAUGUGGAUAGACUCCACAUGUUUGCUAUGAACAAGCAUCUCACUAGUCUAUUCGAGAAGGCGGAUCCCGCAGCAGCUGCUGCUGCCGCUGCGGAAACAGCUCCUGCUGCUGAUGCCGAAUCUGACAAGUCUCCUGCUGAGCCGGCUGCUGCCGCUGUUAAGGAGACCUCGGUUUCUGCUGAAUAGAAAACUUGCGCACAAAAUUGUACUUUCUCCUAGAAAGGACUACGUACUUAGUUUUACUGUGAAAUGCUACUACGGAUGCAUGACCCACCAUGAGAUUCCAUUACUGGUCCAUCCUUAUCCGUGGAUCAAAUUUACUGUAAAGUUUUUCUUUUCGCGACCGCGUACUCCAGAAGCAUAAGGUACUUGGUACAAACUGGAACCUGUGUCGUUUGUUUCUUUUUUUUUGUUUGUUUGUUUUUCCCGGCCGUGUUUUCUACGUACUACUCACUGGCACACACUCCCCCACCUGUGUUCCUGUUCCAGCUUGUUCUAUAUAGUGUUUCGUCUUCUAGUAUUGUUUGAUGGGUUGGAUGGA